AUGGUCCGAUUCGACAUCAAAAUCUACACCGACACCAUAUGUCCAUGGUGCUACAUUGGCCACAAGUCGCUUGACAAAGCCAUUGGCUUGUACAAGAAGACAUACCCUGGAGGAUCUCGGGAUGACUUUGUCUUCACAUUUUCGCCUUACUAUCUCGAUCCGACCGCUCCCAAGGUCGCGAUUCCGUGGGAGCAACGCGUCGUCCAGAAGAAUGGCGACCACAUGCUCCAUGGCAUCAGGACCCGCCUGGAGAGGGUUGGCCGCGAAAAUGGCAUCCAGUUCAACUUCGAAAGCAAGAUUGGAAGCACGCGGGACUCUCAUCGACUUCUCCAACACGCCCGACAGACCAAAGGACCUGAAGCACAAAAGCAGCUGCUGGAGGAAAUCUUCGAAUGGCAUUUCGAGCAAGGUGGCGACAUAACGUCCCACGAGGGCCUGACUAGGGCGGCCACGACUAUCGGCUUGCCUGAAGACGAAAUAUCUGCAUUCCUGCUGAGCGAUGCUUAUGCUACUGAAGUCGACGCUUUGGCUUCCCAGGCAAGGCAAAAGGGUGUCUAUUCUGUUCCUACGAUCGAGAUCAACGGCAAAAAGAUCAAUGUUGAAGGGGCAGGUGAUGUCUCUGAGUUCUUUGAGGCUCUCAUCAAUGCGAGGCCCACUGUGGAGCCCCACGAUCGGUCGCAACCUAAUUGA